ACCUGGCUUCCGCUUCCUCCCGCCUGAGGAAGAUGGCGGCGGCCUCGGCUUCAGCCUCGGGCCUGUCCAAGGCCGAAUACCUGCGGCGGCGCUACCUGGAGGCCGACGGGCCGGAGGCGGACUCGGAGGCCAAGAAGCGGCGCAAGAAGAAGAAGGCGGCGAAGGAGCUGCCGCCGGGAAGGUGGGAGACGGAGGGAGGGAGGGAACAGGGAUGGAGGGCCGGGGGUGGUUGUUGGCUCUGUCUCCGCCGCGGCCACCUCCUCCUCCUCCUUCCUGCCGAUGGCGAGGAGACCCUCCUCCCUUUCCCCGCUCUGCUUUCCCCCUCCUUUUGAGGGGUAUGAACGCAUAGAAAUAUCUGCGCUUCUCUGCACGGCCUACGCCUCGCCUCGCCUACCUCGCAGGGUUGUUGUGGGUGGGGGUGUUAAGUGAGAAUGGAAGGGAGAACCAUGUGUGCCACCCUUGAGCUUCUUGGGGGCCAAAAGAAAGGGAUAUAAAUGAAUAAAUGACGGUUGAAUGCCAAAGUUCACCGCAGGGCAGCCUCGGUUGGUCAGACUGCCCGCCUUGCUUCUCAAGCCACAACGCCCAUUUGUGUUUUUAAUAGCCUUGCAAAUAUGCCCAAAUAUACUGGUCUGCAGCAUUUUUUACUUGCUUGUUGAAACGCGGCAGAUGAGGGAUGGAGCAUUGCACAGCUGGGUGGGGUGGAGGAGACCCUUCCUUGUCUAGCAGCCUGCUUGCAUUUCAUGCUGGGUUUAUGUUGUACCUGUGAAAUUCCUCCUCCUAUACGACAAAGGUGAACAAGUCCAAUUAUCUCUUUCCCACCGGACCACCCGACAGAGCGUUCCAGGCAGCCCACUUGCUCGCAUCAUCUGUGUGGCAUUUCAUGACCUUGUCUAUGCAAUUUCUGGUUUCCGAUUCCUACCAGAUUAGUGCUGGAAUGUGAGUCUUUUUAUGCCUCCACCAAUCUUCCAUUUCCCCUCUUUCUCUCCUGCUGUGUAACCAAGCCUCAGUAUCAUUCAGUAGCAUUGGCUGCCAUUCAUUCUAUUCCCUUCCUGUCUUUUCUAGGAGUUUACUGUAGCUUUCAGAUUGUAAGGUCCUAUAAGGCAGCAGUUUGUGGUCUUUGUAUGAGAAUCCUGCAAAAUGGCAAGUACGUUGAUGGUGCUGCCCAUAGAAGCCUUUAGCAUGCCACUCAGCUCUUAAAGCAGUGGACCCCACAUAAUAAGAAAAAUGAGGGUGCAGCCCACUUGUGCAUUCCGAGUUUCUAACAGACUAGUCAGAAUGUUGGGCUUGGAUGUGGGAAACCUAAUAACUAGGUAAAGGGACCCCUGACCGUUAGGUCCAGUCGUGGACGACUCUGGGGUUGCAGCGCUCAUCUCGCUUUACUGGCCGAGGGAGCCAGCGAACAGAUUCCGGGUCAUGUGGCCAGCAUGACUAAGCCACUUCUGGCAAACCAGAGCAGCUCAUGGAAACGCCGUUUACCUUCCCGCUGGAGCGGUACCUAUUUAUCUGCUUGCACUUUGAUGUGCUUUCGAACUGCUAGGUUGGCAGGAGCAGGGACUGAGCAACGGUAUAUUCUGACAGCCUAGCAGUUAUCUAGAAGAUUUAUUCAUGAGUAUGAUGGCUUAAUAAAUGGAAGUGUUUGUAAUGCUACACUGUGAUACUAAUGCGAUUUCUUAUUCUAGAGAGCUGCUCUUUUUUUCAGAGAAUACAUUUAAACAAUAUGCUGAUCUUUGAUCAUGUUAUGUUAUCUGUUUGACAUCCAGAAUUCGCAUAGUGGAUGAUGAUGACACAAGCUGGAAAAAUAUCCCUAUUGAGCAGGAAAAAGAGGAUGAGGAGGGGGAUGAUGGAGACUUGCCUGUGGUGAGUAUUUGGAGGCAGUUGGAAACAGAGUGCUUAGCUGUACCAUCACUUAUUUAAAACUGUUUAACUCUCUGAGUUAUCUCUGAGUUAUCUGAGUUAUCUCUGAGUAGUACAUCAUCUUUUCUUCUCAGUCGUGUGUAGUGAAGGUCAAUAUAAUUUCCAUUUUACUCAUUGGAAUUGGAGGGUUCAGACAAGCACAGAUGCAUUCAGUACACACUGUAACAAGGGUUGCUCAGCUGGGGAGAUUUUGGCUUUGCAGUGCGACAUGCCUCUUGGGAUUGCCCAGAUCUCCUGUCUUUCCUUCCAGGUGGCUGAGUUUAUUGAUGAGCGGCCAGAUGAAGUUAAAUGGAUGGAAGAAUUCCGAACCAGUAACAAGUGGAAGCUGUUGGGAGGUUAGUGUUCUGUAGUUCUUCUAAUGGGAUGAUUAUUUUGUGCUCUGUGAGAUACUUGCAUCAGGUUAGCGCUGCAUGUAGGCACACAGCCAAGAUGGGCACAAAUAUUUUUUUUGAGGGGGGAGUGAGGGGGUUCUUUUGUGUAGUUUUGUCUUUCUUUCUGUAGGUGUGGCAGAAGAGUGAGGUUAGGUGAACAGAGAAGUAGCUUAGUAAAUGUUAUGGAAGCGUAACCAAGAGAUAGCGGUUACUGCGCAAAAAAAAAUGAAGAUGGAAAAUAAAUACACUUUACUUAUUAGUGUUUAGGCAAUGUAGAGGUUCGUUGGGGUCUUAACAAAAUAAGACAUUACGAGUCAUAAGAAUGCAAACUGUGUCAGUAAUGGCAUCUCAUGUAGAAUUCAGCUAGUGUGAACAUUUUUGCUAUGACGUAUCACGUGUAAUCCGUUUAUCAUGACUAUGCUACAGAAGUGGGUCAACAGUGACCCUUCAAUGACAUCCCAACUCACAUCAUCCCCCAGCCAGCAUAGUUAAUGCUCAGGAAUGGUGGGAGUUGUAGUCCAGCAGUAUUUGCAGGGUGAAACAGUUUGUGGGAAGUGGAGUUUGAAAAAGAAGUUUGUGGGUUGUCAAAAUAGCCUGUUGGGGGUUUACUUUUGCUCAGGGAGGGGGUGAGCAUAGGAAUGCAGGGAGUUGCCUUAUGCCAAGUCAUACUUUGAUUCAUCCAGCUCAGUGUUAUAGGUACUGACUAGCAGGAGUCUCCCACCUUGAGAUCUUUUGCAUGGGCUCUUUUGCAUGGAAAAAUAUGUGCUCUCCUCCUGGACAGUGAUGUGAAUUUUCCAGAAAAAAAAUUUGAAUUGGGGUAAUUUGCAUUGGAAAACUUUCUGAUGCUCUAGAAGGUGAUCUAAUCUAGUGUGUUUAUUUUACUUAUACUAUAUUUAGUAAACAACACUUAGAAAGGUUGACUUUGUCUGACUUGCCUAACACUGUAUUUUCAAUUGAUGUUCAUUGUUACUAAUUACCAUAUGAGAUGGAAUGCAUUCUGCAGAAAGAUAAAGCACUGGAACAUGUUCCGCUCCACAUCACCGCUCCUGGGUUAGUUUUCUAGACAUUGCUGUCCUUUGCAUGACCAUUGCAAAAGCCACAAAACUUGCAUAUUAUCAUAAUGUUAUGGAGACAAUUCAGAGGUCUACAUAAACAUGGCUUAAAUUGCGUUCUUUUUUCAGAUCAGAAGAAAGAGCCACAAGAAUCUGAUCGUUCUGUGACUGCAAAUUCAACAAAGAGGUAAGGAGGGUAUUUAGUUGAGCAUUUAACAGCUCAUGUUUUCCUGACUAGGACACAUCUGUGGUAUAGGAGGAACAGAUGGAAAGCUCUUUAACUUGAGUAGGCUGAAAGCAAAGAGUAAGGUUACCAUAACUUCCAUCAUAGAACUUCAGUACGCUUAUGUCAACGUAGUGUGUGCACACUUGGGGGAUGAUUUCCAAACCAUCCUCCAUAUCUUUGCAGAAGCUUACAAAAAGCUUGACCUAUCGCUCAACAUCCCAAAAACCAAAGUGCUCCACCAACAAGCACAAAACAGCCUCUCUGCCACAAAUCCAACUCAAAGUUAAGACAGUGUUGUUUACUCACUGUUACGACAGUGUUCAUGAAAGACAAUCGUACUUGUCUACGAGGGAUCACCAAAGGAGGAGGAGGAGGAAGAAGAAAAGCUCCUUCAGGAUGAUUUUAACAGCUGUUGUGACAGUGGCUUUAACCUUCUGGAUUGGAGCAGCUAUUUAACAUAGUUUGUGAGUGGAAGGAAUGACUAGCACUUUAUGUUUGUAGCACACCAGCUCUAUGAAAUCUUUGAAGCUAAAGCACAAAGCUUGUUGCAGGCUCAUUGAAAACAGACUGUGUAGGCUCUGCACAGUUGAAAAGGGCACAGUAAGCCUCCCAACAUCUUUAUGAACAUAGUUAGAAGUGGGCUGGCCGUAGUGCGGAAUAAGAGGGGUGUCAAGAUAAAUAAUUAAUUGUCACAUGAUUCCAAAGAAAGAGCAUACAUGGUGGACAGUUGGCAUUCUGGCUGUGGUGGUAUUGGCAAAGAAACUGGCAGUGGCAGAGUUUUAAGUGCCAACACCAGGAGGCUGAGUCAGCCCACUGGGUGUUCUCUGGUCAGGAUUGCUUCUCCUCGCUUGCUGCCAGCCUGCUGUGUCAAAACCAUAUAAGGCAGCAAAAUUUUACUGAAAGUGACUUGCCUGUUUGAAGCUUUGACUAAUGUGCAUUUUGGUUUUCCUUCCAGUUCAGACACCACAAAACAAAAAAGAGCAAGGCAUUCGCCAGACCAGUCACCGCCGAGGAGACGUCAUGACUCUCUGGACCAAUCACCGCCCAGGAGGGUCCUCCGUGACUCGCCGGACCAGUCACCGCCCAGGAGGACCCGUUGUGACUCACCAGAUCAAUCCCCACCCAGGAGGGGCCGUCGUGACUCACCAGAUCUGUCCCCACCCAGGAGGGGCCGCCGUGACUCUCCAGAUCCAUCACCUAAAAGGCAUCAUUCUGACACAGGCAAAAAUAAUACCAGAAGCUCGCAUGGAGGCCGACAGGAACACUAUGCUGACAAGCCCUCAGCCCAUCAGAGGUGGCAAGCUACCUCUGACCUGUCACCACCCCAGAAGAAGACGCGUGAUUCUGAUGCCGUUCCGUUGGUGUCUCAGAAACGGCAGUUGCCCACAGGGGGUCUAGGAAAACAAAGCAACGCCAGAGGUGAGUAGAUUUGUGGAAGCCUUUCUCCAGAGAGGAGUAUGUUUUAGGAGAGUGAGUUAUUGGAAGUCCUGGUAAACAUCCAGUCACAUUUGAUAAUUUGUUUUGAUGCUUGUAUGCCACUUUACAGACUCUGAAGCCAAUAAACGGUCCCAUUCAUCAGCACCUUCACCGAGGAAGCGCCAGAGACAUGAUUCUGAAUCCGACUCCAGUUCUCCCCCACCCAGAAGGAGUGCCAAAACCUCCUCAGAUUCGGACCUUUCCCCACCACGGGCCUCUCGCAGUACACACUCACAGCGCCCGAGCUCUCCUUCCGACCUCUCUCCUCCCAGAAGAACACGGGGCAAGUCUUCAGACUCUGAUUUGUCCCCUCCCCGAAGAGGUCAAGAAGGCAGGAGGAAGGCCCACAGAUCCAAGAGCCCCCCUGACCUCUCACCACCUCGACGGGCCAAGGACACCAAAGGGAAGGAUGGUAUCCAAAAGGUGAGGACUUUGUUAUUCAGCAGUAAAUGUGCUGAUUCUGUUUUGUAAGCAUGACAACCAUGAUAAGAACUGCUUAAGAAUUGGUGCCAGACUUUGCUUUUUCUUCUUCUCUCCCUGCCCCUUUUCUCUUUGUGUCUUGUGUUGUUUUUUUAAUAGAUGGUAAAUCUGUAGGCAGGGAUGUCUUGUUUUAAUUGAUUAUAUCUAAACUACUCUGGGAGCCUUUUGGGCUGAAGAGCAGAGUACAAAUGCUCUAAAUAAAUAAAUAAGGAGCUGUGGAACCCUGUAAUGAUUUCCUGUAUGCUUUCCCCAUGUGCUGUGGGGAAUGAAUUCCCUCGGAGGCAGCUACACUGGAAUUGUAUUGGGUUUAGUACUUUUGUGGAACUGGCACAAGGGUAGCAUUUUUGACACAGCUGUUGUGCUGCUUUUGGCUUGCAGGGCCCUCAGAUGCUUUCGGGGGGAAAAGCUGGCUUAGUGUCAGCUGAGCUGCUGAGGAAGGAGCAGCAUGAGCUCAGGAAACAGCAAAGCAGCAGCAAACAUUUGGAAGGUGAGCUGUGGGGUGGGAGGCAGAGGUGGAGAAUGUGACUUUCUCAGGGUCACACAGUGACUUCAUGGCACAAGUAGGACAUGAAUCCAGCCCUCACCCCCGGGGUUGUAUGGGCACCUCUGUUUAAAACCCAUCAGGACAUGUCAUCCCCGCCAAGACUGGGUUAUUAUAGCAGGAAUGAAAGCGGCUUUCAGAAGGAAGUGUUCGGCUGUGACCCUCCAUAGUGGAGCAGGGCCCACCAGAGUUUUGGGCAGGUCCUCCUGCAAAUGCAGCGGUGAUGAGCUGGGACUGCUAGUUGCAGGAAUGGGUAGUUGCAGCUGCUGCAUUCUCUAAAGCAAACCACUGUCCUUUCAUACGGAUGUGGGGGGCUAUGAUUGAAAAAUGUGCAAGCCUACAGAUAUUUGACGCGGGUGGCGCUGUGGGUUAAACCACAGAGCCUAGGACUUGCCGAUCAGAAGGUCGGUGGUUCGAAUCCCCUUGACGGGGUGAGCUCCUGUUGCUCAGUCCCUGCUCCUGCCAACCUAGCAGUUCGAAAGCACAUCAAAGUGCAAGUAGAUAAAUAGGUACCGCUCUGGCUGGAAGGUAAACGGCAUUUCUGUGCGCUGCUCUGGUUCGCCAGAAGCGGCUUAGUCAUGCUGGCCACAUGACCCGGAAGCUGUACGCCGGCUCCCUCAGCCAAUAAAGCGAGAUGAGCGCCGCAACCCCAGAGUCGGUCACGACUGGACCUAAUGGUCAGGGGUCCCUUUACCUUUUACAGAUAUUUGGAGUCUAAUUGUUCACACCCAAUGAAGUUAGCACCCAGCAGAUUGAAAGGAAAUGUAGAUAGGCCUUUCACCUGUGAAACGCAAGAGCUGCUAGCAGUAGUGGUGUUGAGCCAUACGAUUUGUCUCGUCCUUGGCUCAUUGUAAGUCUAAAAGCAAAGUUCUGCAGUCCAGAGACCCGCAUUUCCUGCAAGCAGAAAAAUACCAGUUCAAUUUAUCAUUUACAGCUUUGUUUUACUACAGAAAUAAUCAAAUGUUUACUGGGUGUGCUGAGUUCACCAAACGGAUAGAUUCGAUGCUGCGACAUUUUUCAGCCCCCUGUUGUGGCUAGCUUGAAUGCCUGACUCCUUCUCCCCUGCUUCCCUCCCCCAGCUGAAUCGCGACAUGCUGAAACCGUUUUCCGGGACAAGUCAGGCCGCAAGAGGGACCUGAAGCAGGAGUUGCUGGAACAGCGCAAGAAAGCAGAGGAGAAAUCCGAGCGAGAUGAGCAGUAUGCCAAAUGGGGAAAGGGGUAAGCUGGUUGGUUCCUGUGUUCAGGGCAGAAGCCCCACUUCCCUAUCAGACCACUGAAAAAUGGGGAUGUGAAAAUUCACUUAACAGUGAGAAAGGAAGGUGUCCUAACACCAGCUCAGAAGAUUGAUCCUGACACCUCCUGCCUGUAGCAUUGAGCCACAACUGUUACCCUAAGAGAAGAGCCGCUGUGUCAAGCCUUCCUUGGUGUGUUGCUGACUUGGGCAACAGCAGGUGACCCUUCUCUCUUUCCAAACCUCCUGUAGUGUCUUGUGCAAAAAAGGCAAGAAAAAAAGUUGAGUCCAGCCGCUUAUGCCCUGCUUUGUUUUGUGCCUCUCCCUGCAGCCUCACACAGAGCCGGCAGCAGCAGCAGAAUGUGGAAGAUGCAGCGAAAGAAAUGCAGAAGCCACUGGCCAGGUACAUUGACGACCAGGACUUGGACAAGAUGCUGCGGGAGCAGGAGCGUGAAGGGGACCCCAUGGCUGAUUUUCUUAAGAAGAAGAAGGCCAAGGAGAAGAAAGAUACCAAAGGUCAGCACUUGCGGUCUCCAGGUGUUACUGGUUUGUGGCAGUGGGGAGGGUGGCUGUGGUUGACAGGAAGAGGCACAGUGCUAAUUCUCGUGCUUCCCAAAGGUCAACUCUGAUCUGUUACAGCUAAGAGGUGGAAUGUUCAGCUUGGAAAUAACUUUGACCCUAAGAGAUGCACCUAAAUUUUCAACAAUGCCUUUUGAAAAGGAUGGGGUGUCAGGAGUCAGAGGAGUGACUAAAGCUUUGUGGUGAAGAGAACUGGGCAAGAAACUCCCCCGUCAUCCUUCUCUGUUACACCCAGUCCUCACAUUCUACUUCUAAGCUCCCCUCAACAAAAAUUGCUUUCUGGGGUGGGGUGGGGGGUGGGGAGAUGUUGUUCAGGGCUGCUUCCUCUAGGAAGGCAUUUUGUGAUGGAUGGCAUAUCAGGCAUUCUGCUUUCUUGCCUUGCCUCUGUCUUCCUGUGAACCCUGUGCCUUGCACCAUGUCUUCCCCGUAAAUCACACGGUCUUUGAGGACCACUGUUGACUUCCUCUAUGUGUGUUGGGUCAGUGCUAGCAUAACUCCCUGGCUUCACUGGAAAAAAAUAAUUGUUGAAGCUGUUUGCUUAUUUUCCUUCCCCUUCUUCAGAAAAGCCAAGAUACAAUGGACCAGCACCCCCACUUAAUAGGUUCAACAUCUGGCCUGGGUAUCGCUGGGAUGGAGUGGACAGGUAAGUCUGUCUGUCUGCUAGUAAUGGUAAUAGACGUUCUCCAGUUACAAAGAACCAUGUGAUGUACCCAUGUGGCAUUUCCUACAUGCAAUAUUGACUUAUUGCUGAAACAACUUCUGGUUUUGCGUCCAUCCUCUGUCCCUGAUCAUGACACUGAAGCAGCAUCCCUAGUGGGGUUUCUUUGUGAAGUUUGCGGGUGGAUGGGAUAUCUCCAUUCAGCUGCUGUUGGCAACUUUCUCAUGACCAAGAUUUGGGGCUGGGAAAUUUGAAGGACUUGGUUGCACCGUGAAGGCCACCCAGUUCCCCCAAAAAAUCAGCCUGCCCCAGUUUUUUGUUGGGUCACCUUAUUGACAUUGUUUCUGUUCCUGUAGGUCCAACGGCUUUGAGCAGAAGCGCUUUGCCAGGAUCUCAAGUAAGAAGGCAGUUCAGGAGCUGGCAUACAAGUGGAGUGUUGAGGACAUGUGAUUUUCCAUCCUGAGAUGCGAUGGAACCUCCUCACAGUGCUGGAGAUGGAAGGAUCUCCUCUGCAACAGGGUUAAAGGGGUCCACCUAUCAAGACUGUUCCAGGUGGUUUUGGAAGGGCUUGGAGGCAGCUUGCCGUUUCCAGGCAGAAGGCGAGACUGAUGGAAUUCCUGCAGUAUAUAUAGACUGGGCAAGGAGGAGUGAGAGAGAGCCACCUGUGGUGCUGAAGCCCCAAGUCCUUUUUGGAUGGAAACCUCUGGAAAUCCACUGCUGGAAGAAACUGGUCUCUUCCAUAUUAACCUCAUGGAGCAGUUGAGGUUGCUGCCUACCCAGAGGCACCUGAGAUUUCCGCAGCUGCAGCAACCUCAAUCAGCCUUACGUAGCCACCAUGAAGAGACCAGCUUCUUCCAGCAGUGAUCCAGUGGUGAUUUACUAGCACAUUACUCACCUCCUGGCCCAGCCUCAAGUGAUUCCACAACUGCCAGCUGCUCCAGCCUCCACCUCGACUCUCCGUCUCGAGCAGGUGAUCUUUGUCUCAGCUGUAGAGGUGAUCCUUCCACUUCCAGUGAGGAGAACCCAUCAGCUCAGAUGGAAAAUACACCUCACACUAUCUCAGCACAGCUCCUGAACUGCCUCUACUGAGAUUCAUAGCUGCUUCUGCUCGCUGUUACAGGAACAGAAACAAUGCUCACCAAGGUGACCCAACAAAAAAUCAGCCUGCCCCAGUUUUUUGUUGGGUCACCUUAUUGACAUUGUUUCUGUUCCUGUAGGUCCAACGGCUUUGAGCAGAAGCGCUUUGCCAGGAUCUCAAGUAAGAAGGCAGUUCAGGAGCUGGCAUACAAGUGGAGUGUUGAGGACAUGUGAUUUUCCAUCCUGAGAUGCGAUGGAACCUCCUCACAGUGCUGGAGAUGGAAGGAUCUCCUCUGCAACAGGGUUAAAGGGGUCCACCUAUCAAGACUGUUCCAGGUGGUUUUGGAAGGGCUUGGAGGCAGCUUGCCGUUUCCAGGCAGAAGGCGAGACUGAUGGAAUUCCUGCAGUAUAUAUAGACUGGGCAAGGAGGAGUGAGAGAGAGCCACCUGUGGUGCUGAAGCCCCAAGUCCUUUUUGGAUGGAAACCUCUGGAAAUCCACUGCUGGAAGAAACUGGUCUCUUCCAUAUUAACCCCAUGGAGCAGUUGAGGUUGCUGCAGCUGUAUUUGAAAUCUCAGGUGCUUUUUCUGGGUAAGGAGCAGCAAGAGACAAGGUUUAGGAGGACUCCCUUCAUUGAAUAACGUUCCUUCUGCUCCUUGGACGGGUUUGACUGUGUUUUCUUGUAGCAGCUGGCCAUGGUUGAAACCACUGGCUGGUUUGUGACUCUGAACAUCCUGGUGUACAUAAGCACAACAUCUUCCUGCGUUUUCUGUCUUGCACUGUUGGGUGCACACACUUCUGGACUGUGCAGUUUUUGCCUGGGCGGGGAGAAUGCUUUCCCAUAGCCUUGUCCUAAAAGGACCAGCUGGAAAUCCGCACUCUUGUAUUUGAGAAUAAACUCACCUCCAACAGCAGCUCAAGGAGCUAGUUGGGAAGUCAACGUGUAGAUUUUGAAACCCUUUUACAUUUCCCCUGAAGCGUCUGCUGGUGUCACCGAAGGAGUCUCUUCUGUUCCUGCAAAACAUAGGGAAGCUAAAUGCAAAUACUUUGUCAUAGGAAAUGGGAUUCUCUGCAGCUAAAUUUUUUACAACCCUUUGUAUUUUUGAUGUACAGUUUGUAAAUAACAACUUCCUUUUCCAGUUUGGUUGUAUGCAUUUUGUAAAGUUCUGUUACCACCAUGUUUGUACCAGGGAACAAGAAAGAUUUGGGCUUGA